AUGAGUCAGUAUCACGAUGAAUCAGUAUCACGUGAGUCUCUGGUGAAUGCUGGCUUUUACCACGCGGGCAACGGCCGUCUCCGAUGCGCUUGGUGCGGUGGUGAAUUGGCUCCCUUCAGGUGCUUUGGAUCCCUGGGGCCUCCUCUUGAAGUUCACAGAAUGAUGAGUCAGUAUCACGAUGAAUCAGUAUCACGUGAGUCUCUGGUGAAUGCUGGCUUUUACCACGCGGGCAACGGCCGUCUCCGAUGCGCUUGGUGCGGUGGUGAAUUGGCUCCCUUCAGGUGCUUUGGAUCCCUGGGGCCUCCUCUUGAAGUUCACAGAAUGUACUUUCCCCUUUGCGAGCACGCGGCGUCGUUGGAAGCCGCGCAGAACAACACGAAUAUGUCUCCGCCGUCGUCGCCGACACCAGACCCGCCACGAAGCCAACCUGUCCCGGAAAGCAACGAGGACCAACCCAAUCAGUCUCAGACAAUUAAUGACGAUGUUCGUAUAAAGGUGCGGUGUUUCUACUGCGACGGCGGGCUGGGUAAAUGGGAGGCGGGCGACACGCCGUGGUCGGAGCACGCGUACUGGUUCCCGCACUGCGGGUACGUGUUGCUCGUCAAAGGGCAGGAGUUCAUCGACAACUGCCGGAAUCGAACCUCGGUACAACGAACUUUUUCUGCAGAAAGUGGACUUACUUCAAGACGACGAAAUCCUGGUGUCAAUUUUCCAGUUACUGAAAGUCAGGUGGAGGAAUGUAUGGAGAGUCCAAUAGCGUUGGCUGCACUAGGCGCGGGACUCGACGCCGCUCGGGUGCGGCGGGCUUUAGCAAGGCGAUUACGAGUUUCAGGGCUUCCGUUCCAUUCGUCGGAGGCGUUGAUUGACGCGGUGCUAGACGAACAAUUGAACGAAGAGGCGUGGAAUUGCAUCCCGCAGAGUCAGAGACUCGCGCGAGACAUACUCGCCGAGACACUGCGGGAGUUCGCGCCACGGUCUGGUAUAAUUGCCAACCAAUGGAGCGACAGGCCGGAUAGUGCGAGAUCUCAAUCCGACACGACAUCGAGAUCCCUAUCCCCCGUUGAAAGCGAACCAACGAGGGCACAGAAUGAGAACGAUAGUGCACCUAAUGUGCUUAAUGUACUACCACCAAAUGAAACCAAACCAGUGUCAAGUGAAGAUGUAGAAAGUUCACCCAAAAAGGAACCUAAACAAUUGACUUUGGAGGAAGAAAAUCGACAGUUGAAAGAAGCCCGCCUGUGCAAAGUGUGCAUGGAUAGUGAAGUGAGCGUGGUGUUCCUGCCGUGCGGACACCUGGUGUCGUGCGGGUCGUGCGGCGCGGCGCUGGCGGCGUGCCCGCUGUGCCGCGCGCCCGUGCGCGCCCUCGUGCGCGCCUACCUCGCCUGACCGCGCCGCGCCGCCACACACGGAUAAUGAAACACAACAUUCAACUUACUAUGGUUUUACAUUUGACAAUGACGAUCAUCAUGUUUCCAGAUGCUGCGUGAUUGUGAUUGUAAGUCUAUUGACUUGAAUUUAUCCAGUAAGGAUUAAAAAA